AUGUGUUAUAUUCAGUUCAUCGAGACAAAUCAUUACAUCACCUUUGGCACGGCUAUUGCCGCAUUUUACGUGCCCGUCAGCGUAAUGAUAUUUCUGUACUGGCGGAUAUGGCGCGAAACGGAGAAGAGGAAAAAGGACCUGACGAAUCUGCAAGAGGGAAAGCAGGAUGCCAGCAAACGCAGCAACUCCAGUGACGAGGCGUUAGACAUGGACGGAUACAGACGCGGUCGCAGUGAAUCCAGCACUGGUGCUCAUGAAAUCGGCCACGCUAAUCUCACCAUGUCUUAUCUCGAGAAGCAUUAUCCUGACUACAAAAAUAAGCAUCGACCAUUUUCGUGGACGUCUCUGAAGAUGUGGUGUGUUGCGUGGUGGCACAGCGGUCGCGACGACGAUGACGACGACGAUGAGGUCGGUGGGACAGACGUCAGCAGCAGGACUGUGCAUCCCGGGUGCGAGGACACCUUGACCCCGGUCUCUGCUGAAACUCCGUUCACCGACGGGCAAACUCUUGAUGGAAUGUCCGCGAGCACGCAGUUGACCAACGAGCAUCAAGAUUACCGAAGAUCACAGACAUCUAGUCAACUUAGUAAAGAUGUUUCUGGGGAUAAAGUUCUUGAGUGGCUCCAACUUGUUCAGAUUGUUAAUACUGAUUAA